ACAACUGGAACUGUCAUUUUUAUCACAAUCAAAAUGUUCGUCCCAAUUAAGCUGCCAAACUGUCCCCAGUUAUUAAAAAAUGCCUCAAGAACUUUCAAAUUGUCGUUCGAAAGAUUCGAAACACGAAUCAUUAAGGCCCCAGAAAUGGCUGAAUCGAUCACCGAAGGAGACGUUAGACUUGCUAAAAAAGUAGGAGACUUGGUUAUGCAAGAUGAAGUCGUAUUGGAAAUAGAAACGGACAAGACUUCCGUGUAUGUAACCGCACCAGCUAAAGGUAUCAUCACUGAAAUCCUUGUCAAAGAUGGUGACUCCAUUAAGCCUGGACAAGACGCUUUCAAAAUAAAACUGGAAGAUGAUGCGCCGUUGAAGCCGAAGGAGAUUGAAGCUCCUGCCCCUUAAGAAAUAAAAUAUUUUACCCUGUUAAAAUUAUUUUGUGUAUGAACUGCAACCUUUAGAUUUCCUUGUUGAUAUUACUACUAAAUAAAUGUGCAAAAUGUAA